AUGUGUCGAGAGCACUAUGUUUGCCUAUUUCCGUGUGUGUUCCGUCCCCUCACAGACAUACGUCUUCCACCCGAGCCAAUGCCGACGAUAAAUCAAUCCCGUGGCCUCGUAGUAUCAGGGAGCACAUUUGUAGCACGUGGAGCGAACAAGUUCUCGCGCUAUGUGAGCACAGACUACCAAUGGACGAGUAGCAAUGUGACCAAGGACUCGUGGGCCAUCCGUGACGUCCACAAUUGGGACUCCCUCGACUUCCUCAGCUGGCGUGUCAAGGAUCAGGCUGAUUGCGGUGCAUGCUGGGCGUAUGCGGUGGUGGCGAGUGUGGAGGCUGCGUAUAGCAUCGCAUUGAAUCAAGCUGCUCCCCAGCUGUCAGUGGACCAACUCUUUGCAGCCAUGGAGCUGACCGAUGCAGACAAGUGCAAAGGGGGCUCCCCCACUGCCGCCUUUGAGACACUCAUCGCUCCUGGAAGCAAUGGACUUGCAGGAGAAAAUGACACGGUGGGUGAGGGCAUCAUAAGUGACGUGGGCUGGAGUAAUGAAAGCCGUAUCCAUGGGCACUUUCAAGCUCAUCACUCGUAA